AUGAAACUCGACAAAAUUAUCCCCAGAAACCUCUUCAAGUCCAAGAAGUCACGCUCCAUUUCUAGAUCCGAAACGGAUCCAUCUUCAUCCUUCAGCUCCCAAACCAUGUCGGAGGAGGAUGAUUCUCAAGCCGGCUUCAAGAAGCCCAACGGCUCAGCCACGCCGACUAGUGUACUGCCCGUUGUGUACUUUGAACUUAAACAAGCGUUCGAAAUGAUAGACAGAGAUGGCAACGGGAAGAUAAGGAAGGAGGAAUUGCAGGAGCUGCUCAGUCGAGUGGGUCCCGAGCCGCCGAGUCAGGAGGAGCUGAAGAUGAUGCUGAGCGAUGUGGAUACGGACGGGGAUGGCUGUAUAAGCUUGGAGGAGUUUCAAGCUAUCGAAUCGGCUUUCGGCCCACCGUCUUGCGACACGGAGCUCAGGGACACGUUUGAUUUCUUUGACUCUAACGGUGAUGGAAAAAUAACGGCGGAGGAGCUUUUCAACGUUUUCAGAACAAUAGGAGACGCACGAUGCACAUUAGAGGACUGCCGGCGCAUGAUAAGAGGGGUGGACGUGAAUGGAGAUGGGUUCGUCUGCUUCGAGGACUUCAGUCGUAUGAUGGAACAGCAAUGA